GAAAGGACAGUAAGAGGGGAGAGAAAGGGAGAGACACAUAAAGCCAGGUCAGAGGUAACAAUGAUGUUGUUGGAAUCGUGUCUCUCUCCGUCCUCACUCUGUGGAUUUCUCCACAUCCUGCUGUGUGCCCAUCUGAGGGCAUAUCUGUGAUAUUUACCACAGUGCCUCUUCGCCACACACAGCGCCGGCUGCGUCGUAGUUCAGCGCAUGGCAAGGACAUCACAAAUGGUAAGAGAAGACAAUUCAUUCCUCCGUUAGUGCAGAGAAUAGCAAAUUAAAUCACAAGGACUCCUGAGGCGGUACAAUGGUUUGACAUUUUUGAAAGGAUUCUUCUUACGUGGGCGCAUGGAUGGGAGUCGGAGAUGCCAAGAUGCAAGCCAGAGGCACUUGAGGAGGAUGAAGACUUGAAUAUGAGUUGACUGGACCUUCUUUUAUGAAAUAUUAUCCAAACGACAAAUAAGUUACAUUUGCUCACCAGGGAGGAGGUGUGGCGCCGUCGCGUGUCCGAUCAGCUUUUGGUGGCACGUGGAUGGAUGUAUUUUGUGUGAAGAAAAACAAAGCGAAGAGUUGAUGUAACAAUAUAUAUAUAGGACACACAUGAACACCACAUGAUAUCAAGUAACUCAUAUCGCCUAAGUAUCAGACUUGACGUGCGCUCUGGAACUCGGGGAGGCAUCCAGGUGCGCUCCAUGUUUCGUUUGGGACACACCGGUACCGGCGGUACCUACGGGACAUAAAGCACAGUUGGGACUUGACAGCAGCGUUGGGCUGUGGGCCAGUGAUGCCGGACACAUUCACAAUCAUAAAGAACCGGACAGAGCCACGGCUGGGGCAGCUAGAGCGCACACUGGCCACGGACGGGAACGCCCGCCCUGCAUGGGUCAUAGCAAUCCUGGCCAGCGUUUUGAUCUUCACCACGGUGGUAGACGUGCUGGGGAAUCUGCUGGUGAUCAUCUCGGUGUUCAGGAACCGCAAACUGAGGAACUCGGGUAAUGUGUUUGUGGUGAGUUUGGCCUUUGCUGACCUUGUGGUAGCCUUCUACCCCUACCCCUUGGUUCUCUAUGCUCUCUUCCAUGACGGAUGGGCACUGGGAAACACACAAUGCAUGGUCAGCGGUUUCGUUAUGGGCCUGAGUGUCAUUGGUUCCAUUUUCAACAUCACUGGGAUUGCAGUGAACAGAUACUGCUACAUCUGUCACUCAUUCUCCUACAGUCGGCUGUACAGCUAUCGCAACACUCUGCUGUUUGUUGCCUUAAUUUGGGUACUGACAGUAUUGGCCAUUAUCCCCAAUUUCUUUGUUGGCUCCCUGCGCUACGACCCGCGGGUCUACUCCUGCACCUUCGCUCAGAAUGUCAGCAGCUCCUACACAGUGGCGGUAGUGGUGGUUCACUUCCUGGUUCCCAUUGCAGUGGUUACUUUCUGCUAUCUACGUAUCUGGGUACUUGUGAUUCAGGUGCGACGUAAAGUGAAGACAGAGGAGAGUCCUCGCCUCAGACCAAGUGACUUGCGGAAUUUCAUCACCAUGUUUGUGGUCUUUGUGCUGUUUGCCAUCUGCUGGGCUCCACUUAACCUGAUUGGCUUGGCGGUGGCCAUAGAUCCGUCCCGUGUGAUUCCUCGUAUUCCCGAGUGGCUUUUUGUGGUCAGCUACUUCAUGGCCUACUUCAAUAGCUGUCUCAAUGCCAUCAUCUAUGGCUUACUCAACAGGAAUUUCAGGAACGAGUACAAACGCAUUGUCACCUCCAACUGGGUGGCUCGGCUCUUUGUGACAGAGAGUUCGCGAGCCGCCACGGACGGCAGGAGCAUGAGGAGCAAGCAAUCGCCGCCUCCGCCGCUCAACAACAACGUGUCGGUCAGAGAUCGUUUAAACAAAGAAUGAAAUGAUUAUCCAUGAGCCUGUUAAAUGGUGAUUCCUGUUUGUAUGUGACAUCCAGUCAGUUGUGCAGCUAAAGAGUAUCAAGUAACGGAUGAAACUGGAAUACAUGGAUUGGUUGACAUCGAUCAGAACAGGGCGCAGGUGUGGAGAAGUUUUUAAAUCAUUUUUAAAGCUGUGAAGAAUUAUAUAAUUAAUAGGAGUUCUUGAAAGUUUAUGGUUUGGAAGUUGUUGCUCAACAACUUUGCUAAAGUGCUAAAUAAGGAGUUUCCUCUGUGAUUCUCAAACACCAAGCAUUAACAGAGAUGUCCUGGGAGAACAGAGCCAUGCAUUGCAGUUUCACUUUGCUCAUACUCUAAAACUAAUCUGAAUGGUACAUUAAUAAUUCAUAAAAAAUGUAAUAUCCUUUAAUGUCUGCUGCUGUAGACUGGGGGUAACCACUGUUAAACAUAAACCCCUCUUUAGUAACUUCAAAAGCCUCAAAUAGUACAACUCGCCUCACCUGAAUGCUAGAUUGGUCAAAGAGGAGAUAAUGUCAGUCUGUCUUUAAUGUAUAGCAUCAGUCUGAUGGGGUUUGACGUGGUGACAGUAAUGUUGCAGUAGCAUGCACAUCAUGCUGCCUGGUCUGACUCGUUUGCACUGAAAAGAACGACAAACAAAAACUUAGUAAUGAACAUAAUACAAUAAUUCAGGAAAUGAACAAGUCAUGCACAAAACUAGCACCACAUCAUGAACGACGUGACAAUUUACAUGGUUGUUUUAGUUUUUGAACGUUCCAAAACCAAUGUUGCAUGUGGUGUAGCAGGUGGAGGACACCUACAUAUCUAUUGCUGCUGUAUCCAUCCUUUUGCACAACACCUUGCUACCAGUACUACUUCUACAUUGACCGUUAUGUAACUUUAUCCAAAUACCAAAGUAUAGGAUACGUCACUGUAGGCUGCAUGUAAAGCCUCCCUUGAUUUUAUAUGUUGAAUAACCAAAGUUUUAUACACUGACCAAAAACAAUUUGACAAAAAAAUAGCCUACCUUUUUUUCUAAAGGCUAAACGUUAGUUUGAUAUCAAAUAGAAAAGUUAUUGUUAAACUUUUCUUUCCCCAAAAUAUUCCAUUAAUUUUCAUUGAAUAAAGUUUAGUCUUAGCUUUCUAACCUCUGAAAUAUGAGUUUGACACAGAACAUAAAAACAAUCUUAACAUACAGUUUACUGUACCAAUCUUUGCAGAUGUUUCAUCAAAAGCGUAAUUAUAGCAAACUGUAUAUAGCUUGUAUGGUUACAUAACAUAUAAAACAGUAUACAGAAAUAUUUAAACAAUAGUCAUUUGUAACCAAAUGAAACUGUGGAGACAGGGCUACUGAGGGAAGGAAACAAAAUAAAUAUGAAUUCACUGUAAACCUACAAUGGAAGGCACCAUUUGAUUUAUAGAACACCAGUGGUGGAGAGUGAGUACAUUUACUCAAGUACUGUACUUAAGUACAAUUUGAAAGUAUUCUUUGAGUUGCUUUAAGUUUAUUUUGAUACUGAUACUUUUAUACUUUUGCUUGUACUUCCACCACUGGAGUACACCCACAUUGCAGGACAGAGUGACAGUUAGACUUCACACAGUGAGAGCACAACUCCAUACACUGGUGCCAACAUAUUAACAAAAUCGCAAUGCAAUAAGUUGCCAAGAGCAACAGCAUGGAUAAUUCUUUAUGCAAACAAACACUCUGCUAUGCAAUUCGAAACAAAGUCUUCGUCACCAUCCAAAAUGGGUUGCAUGUAAAAAUCCUAUCCAGUUAACUGAAGAUAGUCCCUCACUUUAGUAUAUUCAUAUAUUUUACCGAGUCACUGCAAUAUGAUGCUCCUCUCCAGGCCACACAGCAAGCGGACAAAAGGGACUGAGAAACAUAGCAAGUUCAGGAUGUUCUCCCGCUUCUAUGUAAGAAAGCCUCCAGUCCCUGGAAAAGGUGAUAAAUACAUGUACUGCACGUGCAGCAAGUAAUAAAGAAGCACAGUUUCCUCUGCCCACUACAUCAUAUGCAAAAUGUCAGUGGUGAUUCUUAUUCUUCAUUCUGAACUACUUAUGCAACAUUUUAGCUUUUCAUUUCAUAGGUAAUGUAUCUUUGUAGUUCAUUUAUUGUCUGAAAAAAUAAUAAUAAUUCACCAGGGACACAUUUUGAUGCUUUCACUGUGGAUAAACAAACACAACGAGUAUAUUAAGGGAAGGGUUUCAGAGUGAUAGUGUCACUUAGUUGUAUUUAUCUGACAGAAGAGUGACAUUCAUUGCCUCUUAACUGAACAGUAUGUUUUAGAGUUGUUGAGAAGUUACAGCUCAUAUCUGUAUUCCCAUCUCAGGGUGCCUACCGAACAUUUAGUCGUGCUACAUUGUUGUCCGAAACAUUUGCAGUUGAUUAGCUGCCAUAUAAGGAAGUCUGAAGACAUUUCAAAUGAAUUUUUUGUUAUUUAGUGUCAAUGUGGUUUUUAAAUGUGGUAUAUUGUUAUUGGAGAUGUAUUUGAAAUGUGUUUUUUUAUCUGAGCUCAAUAACCCGACACAAUUAACAAUAUAUUACCGGAUAAUGCUUAACCUCUCUUUCCAUUAACUAUACUACGGUGGCAAAGUGCAUCAAAAACAACCUCUUGCUUAAUUGGCAUGUACAUUGCUUCGCUACAAAUACAUUUGUUUUUCAGUGUGGAGUGAUGGCAUCAAGUUAUAAUUACAAAUUAGAUAGAAUAUAAUUGUAUUAAUUAUUAUUAUUAUUAUUAAUAUAUUAUUAGUGUUACUUACUACUAAUAAUAAAAAAUAUAUAUCAAAAUAUACAAAUUUCAAAGAAUUGCAAACCAAGUUCAUCAAAAUAAUUAAUAAAAGUUGUUUUUUUACACAUUUAAAUUCACCACACAUUUGUGUGUUCUUAUACAGGGUAAAAAUGUGCAAAGCCAUAGAUCAAGAAUGGUAACAGAUGCAAAGCUCAAAGUCGUGCUAUAAAUAUUCAUGAGACCAGGACAGAUGCGAGGGGUUUGCAAGCAGAGAAUGGAAGCAAACAUUUUGACAUUUGCGGUGCAAAGUAGAGGUUGAAAACAGGGGCAUGUAAAAUCUUUGUUGAAGAGAUGGGAUUUAGAUAAUUCUAGGAGUGACCGUGCUGUCGUGACCAGAGAGGUGAGAAGGUCAUUCCACCACUGGGGAAGCAGGAGUGGUGUCCAGGUCGCUGCAGGAAAGAAGAGCUUAACAAAACAAAAGGGACGUUGUUAUGGUGUUGAAAAAAUCUAUUGCUCUAACAUCUGAAAAGUGUUUUAGAGGCACUUAUAGGGAAGCAAAGCAACAAUUUAAACCAAAGAAACGUGCAUAGUUGAAGAGCGUUAGGUGUACAUACACUUUGUUGAGUUAUUGCUGGGGAAAAUAUUGAAUUCACCUUGGGUCCUUUAAGGUCUUUUUUCAUUCAAAAGUACUGCCUUACAGUUAAUACAAUAGUGUUGAAUCUUAAUUAUGGCAUGUGCCAUUUUUUCUAUUAAAAACAAACCUUUUCACAAAACUUAGUUUGCCUCCAUACUGCUUCUUUUUAUGCACGCGUCUAUAGAAAGUUCUCUCUUCAGCGUGGCGCAGAACUACACAUGCCAGCCUCAGGCAAGAGACUCAAUUGCCAAAACAGAAGAACAAAUGUUAUCUUUUUCUUUUUUGUGUUUUUUCUUUCUAUAUACCCUACAGCAACAUUAUGUAACUAUGUUCAUUUAUGUUUCCUAUGCUCACUGUCGGCACCCUUACUUUGGACCUUUUUUCUCCAUGACAUCUUGCUCGCCAGUGAGAUUCACAUACCUUAUUUGUACAGCGCAACUUCACAGCUUUAGUUUUCUAAACUAACCACUCUGCUGCAAUUCCUCACUGGGGUUAAAUACAGAACAAUCAGGUAAUGAUUUAGUCUUCUAAAUUCUAAGACAAAUCUUGUUUUCAAAAUUGGAAAGCUGGCCGUAUUUAAAUGAUAAAAAUAAAAAGGUAAAAAGUAAACUAUUUACUCGUUUUGUUUUACUUUUAGAGUUUCUAUGUAGCCAAAGUUUAUAAAGACUGACAGACAAUUUUAUUCUCUGGCACAUAAAUGCAUGCCAUACGGUGAGCUGCUUAUUUUCAGGAAACGUAUCCUGCUGUUUGAUUGCCAUGAUUGCGCGUGUUUGCACCAGGUGAGAUGCUGCAGCACAGUGUUUAGUUUGUUUCCCACAGCAGAAGCUUCAAGUGUGCUAUGAUUGUAACUGAGGGGGAAUUUUUUUUUAAUUUUCUUAGUAGAAAAACUGUGAACUUAUGUUGACUUUUAGUUUGAAAUGAAAAAGACAUAUUCUUGGAAAUAAAAGUCUGCCUUCAAAAUAAACACACAAGGAAGUAAGCAGUGAAGGUCGUCACUGAAAGAUGAAAGCUAAGGUUUAUAUGCGCUACUAAUCAUUUUGAGUGCUGUACUCAAUGAGACAACACACUCUCAAAUGUCAGCAUUAUGCUUUAUCCCCAACAUCUGUGCAUUAAAUUCAUGCAGGGUUGAAAUUUUCCCAAAAGAGGCUUUCCCUUUAGUUUCUCACUUUCAGACUUUUGCUUUUCUACCAUAUGAUCUUUUGCAGAAAAAGUAGCGCGAGUGAAACUUUGCAUAUGAAAAUGCUUGUAUUCAAUAGCUGCUAUAAACACAGUCGCUUCAUUUGACUUAUUUUUUUACGAGUGUAGUGUAUAAUUACAGGCCAUAGAUCACAAUAUAUUCUCAAAUCAAAUCAAAAGACUCUUAAUCACAUACAUGGAUCAAGGCUUUGGUAUGAUUUGAAAUACAACAUUGUGUUUUGAUCAGUGUUACUGUCUGCUAUGCAGAAACCUGGCAACCUCGUAAGCAGGUAUAAGAGAUCAUUUAAAUAUUCUCCUCUGGACACCCUCCAACUCUGAGCGACAUGGGACAUUCAGAGUAGAAAUGAUUGUCCUUUAUUUUCAUCUGGACGUACUCACCAUACAAUAGCCAGCUUUCUGUGUGUGUCAUACAUUGUUAUGUAACAGCAUGACAACAUCAGCUCACAGCUAAAGGCAGAAAAGGAUGCAACACUGAUCAAAUUAUGCGCUUACUUAUGAAAAUAAAAUGACAAGCCUUGGGAACGUACCGGUAAUUGAAUGCGCUUACAGUAUACUUCACAGGAAAUGCGAUGACGAAACACAGCAGUGUAGCUGUGUACGCAUAGAGUUUACAGACAGGGCAUCAAUCGACACAUGGAGUUAC